AUGUCGGACUGGAAGGUCCUAAAGGAUAAGGAUGGCAACGCCAUCAAGUGGCAAUUCCUUGAGGAAUUGCAUAAAUUACAAGAGUCAGAGGGCUUACAUCUUGCCAAUAAGGUCCGGUCCACUCAUAUCAAAUGGAAGCCACAGAAAAUGAAGGUAAACCUAGCAGCACAGGCACUCAGUUCGAGUGUUGCAGAUGCCUUGGAGUACUGUGAAGCUGAAAUUGCCACAAUUUCAAGGAUGUGGUCCAACAGUACAAUGUAUUCGUGUUUUUGUUCAUCUUUUUGAUGUUCUGAAUUCCAGGAAUCCGUUGGCGAGAAAUUUCAAGGCACCAAUUAGAAGAUCAAACUAUCAGUACACAAAGAGGUUUCUAGAUGAGGCAAGUGAGUACAUUCGAAAUCUGAAAGGUCCAGACGGUCGGUCGAUCCUUACAUCAAAAAGGAAAACAGGAUUUCUUGGUUUCCUUUUGUGCAUUCAUGCUGUUGUGGGAUUAGCAGAAGAUCUCGUUAAUGCGGAGAAUCCUGUCCUGAAGUAUCUCCUGAUGUACAAGAUGAGCCAAGAUCACUUGGAAUGAUUCUUUUUAGCUGUGCGAGCUUGUGGUGGGUGGAAUAAUAAUCCAACAACUUGCCAAUUCGUAGCAGCAUACAAGCAACUGCUGAUGAGGCACAACAUCAAAGGAGGAUGUGGAAACUGCACUCCUCAAGAUGAUACGGAGAUAUUGAACAGUGUCCAGGAUCAACAUGAAAUCAACUCCGUACCUACUGGAAUUUCUGAUAUGGCAAUUGCAAGGAGAUAUGACUUGGAGAUGAGACAGCGAGCUGCAGAUGAUCACGACUACUGUGAUGUUUCGAACGCCAUGGAACUGAGUACAAAGAGGCGGCCAUAUCGUAUAUCUCUGGGUAUGUGGUGAAGAUGGUGGAGAAAAAGAUCCACUGUCCGCAAUGUCUAACAGCGUUGACAACGAACAAAGAAAGCAUUCCAGAUUUAUUCAUAACAUGGAAAAUGACUGGAGGCGUGAAACUGCCAUCACUCGGCCUUAUCAAAAUAUGCGAGGAAACAGAGAAGUGUGUAAUGAGAAUGCUAAAUGUAAAUGGAGGUGGUUUACCACAUAGCGCUGGACUUUCAAGUGCGAUUGCUAUGACAGUGUUAUCAGUCUGUGUUGAAAGCAAGGUCUUGAUUCUACUCCAGGAAACAACCCUGUUUUUAAAUUGAUUAAAUGCUGCUGCCAGAGUUACGUGACGAUCCGAAUGCACCAUUUGAGCAAGACGAGAAAUGUGGGAAUGCACAAGAAGAUAGUACGUAAACAGUUUUCGAAGCUUGUGCUAUUCAAACACCAGUAGUUUUCAGCCUGGGCACAACUGUGCUUUCGAGGUAGUUGCCCGUACCUAUUAAUACAAUGUCAACGAUUAGUUCAAUUAAGCUGAUGACUCGUAGUGAUGUUCUGCAUGUCUCUGAGAACUGUAAAUUUCUAUUUCAAAAGCAAUCUUGAAUUGCUUAACUUGUUCAGACGGUUACGUUAUGACAAUGUUGACAGUAUGAUUAUACAUAAUGUGAUAUGUAGUGUAAAUAUGCUGUUUUUUUGUCUCAUAUGAACAUUUAGUAAAUUGUACAUAUUUUAAUAGGUCAGUCGAAAAACGACAACAACAGCCAUGUUGAUUUUAAAAGGUAUUCCAUGCUUAUAUUUCAGUCAAUUGUUUGUUAUUUUACAGGGGCAAAACUACCAGGGACAUGUCACAUCCCAGUCUCUAUUUUGUCAGGCAAAUUUUGAAAACAUUUGAGUGUCUCGGAUUGAAAAGUAAUAGUUGCAGUAAAUUUUGAUAAAUAUUACUGAAACAUUUUACCUUUGGCCAUACCCUUUUGGUCGGACAAAAUAUGUUUCCCCCUUCCACCCCUCCCCAAAUAUCGAAGUUUCGCCUCUGGUUAUUUAGAAGCCAUCAACUAUUGAGGUGUCAUAUAUGUACUUUUUUAUUUAGGAAAAUGCCAUAAUUGUGGCCAGAAAGGCCACAAAUUGAUAGAUUGCAUAAAAUGUAUGUGUUUUAAUUCCUAUUAUUUUUUCAAAAAAUUUAAUGCAAAGACUAAUCCUACCUCAUAAAACAUAUGGGCUAUAACAGGGCAGUCAUUAUAGUGUGGUCAGUAGGCAGUUGCUAGUUUCUAUAUUACAAAUGCUUGUUAAAUUAGAGAUACAAUAGUAAAUUUUAUUCCUUUUCCUCUGUUUACAACUUACAAUCAUGAUCAAGCAAGUAAGUUUAGAAAAUGUUAUGAUUUUUGUAUUGUAAUAAUUGACUCAAUUGAAUUCAGAAUCUAUGAAUCUGUCUUGUAGGAAGAAGAUGUUAUCAAUGUGGUAAGCCGGACCACAUUGCAAGGCAAUGCAGGAAAAGAGAGAGUUCGGGCCUGGCUUGCGUACCAUAUAUAAUCACCUUGUAGAAUGACAAGGCAAGUUGAUGAUCUUACAGAUAAAGUUGAAAAUCUACAGAAGAAAUUGAGAAUAGACCAGCAGAAAACAAGGAGGAGGAAUAAGAAGGUUAGCACGUUGACUGCAGUGGUAAGUGAAUUGAGAGAAAAAAAUCUAAUCAAUAGUGAUUGUGCGACUAUUCUAGAAUCAACUUUUUCUGGAGUUCCAAAGGAACUAAUGAAGAGGUUGGUGACACAAAAGAAAAAGAAAAAUCUCGGGGUGUAUCCACCUGAGCUAAGGUCAUUUGCCCUGACCUUGAAAUUUUAUUCAACUAAAGCGUAUAACUAUGUGCGAAUAAAGUUUUGAUUUAGGGCUGCCACAUGUAAACGUGAUUCGGCCAUGGUAUAGUUCCACGAAUGGCGACCCAGGUUUUACAAAGGACGCACUGACAGCAUUGAAAGCCAAAGUUAUAGCUGCAAAAAGAGAUAACCACGAAGUUGUUUGUGCACUAAUGCUUGAUGAAAUGGCCAUACGCAAGCAUGUUGAAUGGGACGGCAAGCAGUUUCGCAGUUAUGUUGAUCUUGGCACAGGCAUCAAUGAUGACUCUCUGGCCGAAGCAACAGAUGCUCUUGUUUUUAUGGCAGGCUCGGUGAACUCCGAUUGGAAAGUACCAUGCGGAUAUUUUCUAGUAAGGGUCUUACUGGAGAGGAGAAAGCCAACUUAA